GUGGUGGUGGGGGAGGAGGGGAGGGCAGAGACAGAGAGAGAGAGAGAGGCUCUAAUCUCCUUCGCGGGAUCCACCGAUCUAUGGACGGGCAAGAGGAUGGUGAGGGUCUAGAGCAGAAGAGUGUUUCUCGCGGCGGGAAGAAGAGGGUCCAGUCCAGUAUGUUUCGUCGUCCCUGAGAAACAAUGAGACGAUCGCCCGGUCCAUGAACGCAGACCCACGUACAUAUAGGUGUCAGAUCAAUGGAUAAGCUGAACCAGGUACGGUGCUCUGGGCGGCUUUAGCUGUUGAUCCAGAAAGAAGCUCGAGCCAGUUGCUCUCUUGUCGCCUACGAUUCUUGAUUCCGGCAUGGCAGGCGAGAGAGUGAAAGAGUGCUAGAAGGACAGGCUCAGGGCUAUGCCUGUCUGCAUGGGUUCUGAGUUGAGAAAGCAAAGAGUCCAAAUCUGGAGCAACUGGCAGGGUACACAGCCGUGUCCAAGUUUGGGGCUGCUGGGAUACGGAUACAUCAUGAUCAAAGUACCCAUUCGUCAAGCCCAGACAACCAAAUCCUACUCUAUCUUAGGUUGCAGUUUGUGUGGAUUACCCUGGUCCUUGGGGGGGGGAUUCAUAGUGAUCGAGUCAACUUUGACCAGGGUCGACCACGGAGGAACUGCUGCCAGGCAGCUGGAGACUCGGAGAACCAACCGGGGGCAGAUUCGACGAAGAAGAAAGAGUACCUGCAUGAACCGCUUCUGCUUAUUCAAGGAUCGCGGGUUGGUGAAGGGUGAGGAUGAUGGACGACAAGGGGGGGUAGGGUGGAUGUUGGCAACCCACACGCUCUUGAAUCUUGGGUCGGAGACAUGGCUACAUGGCUCUAUCUUUCUCUGUAUCCAUCUCCAGAUGCGGACGUCCGAGCAUUGCAAGACAACCGGUAGACUUCCACUGGUGAGGUCGGAAAGAAGCAGGGAGGCCGGAAAGACUCCAUUGUCAGACGUGAGAGCAAGAACGCGUCUCCGGUUUUUCUCUUGCUAGCUGGCUAGCUAUCAAAGGUACAUGACACCGCGGCAGGAAGCAGCCCAUGGCGAGCGGGACAGACAGCUGCAGUGGUAGUGGUGGUGGUGGUGGUGGUGGGGUUCCAGAGAAGACAAGAGGAAGCGUUUGUCUGUGUGAAGGCCGCGAGAGUGAGAGAGGAAGAGUGGAGAUGCCCAGACG